AUGAAGGUCAUUGUAGCCGGCGCAACUGGCCUUGUAGGUCGUCAUCUUCUGGAACAGUGUAUAUCAUCAUCCCAAAUCACCCACAUAUACACGCUCUCCCGGAAGCAACUCCCCAAUCAAAUCGGCACAAGAGCCGAGGUCACAGCCAUACGGCACGACGACUUCACGUCAUAUCCUGCGGGUCUGCUAGACCAGAUUUCCGACGCGGAAGCGUGUCUGUGGGCCAUUGGUGGCUUGGUGCAGAAAUUCUCAUCCGUGGAAGCUUGCAAACUCGCCAACGUCACUUCCACCCUCGCCGCGGCCACAGUGUUCGCAGACCAUGUCGCGCCUCAUUUGAAGCAAGGCCGCAAGUUUCGGGCCAAGCUGAAAGGGGUCUGUUUGAGAUACAGGACGCUCACCCGGAUCAUUUUGAGGUAUAUUGUCCGCGACCAAGCGGGAUACAUGAUACUGGUGCGGGCACGAUUGAGCGCUUAG